GUUCAGCGAGAGACGUAGGCAAGCGGAAAACAUCUCAGCAUGAGUUGUGCUAGUGUUUUGACCAGCAAGGAUCUGCCCGAUAUUGAGAGCUUGCUUGCUCUCAAUCCGCGCGUGAAGCAGAACUGCUCGCUGGUUCCGACGACUGUGACGAAGAAGGUGAAGAAGCACUGGAAGCGAAACACGGACCGGUCGUGUACUAGCUGCACGCCGCUCACCAAUGACUUCUCGGACAUCAAGCACACGACGCUGUCGGAGCGGGGCGCCCUGCGCGAGGCGGCCCGUUGCCUCAAGUGUGCCGACGCGCCGUGCCAGAAGAGCUGCCCCACGCAGCUGGACAUCAAGAGCUUCAUCACGAGCAUCGCCAACCGGAACUACUACGGUGCGGCGAAGGCCAUCUUCUCGGACAACCCGCUCGGGCUGACCUGCGGCAUGGUGUGCCCGACGAGUGACCUGUGCGUGGGCGGCUGCAACCUGGCCGCGGUGGAGGAGGGACCGAUCAACAUCGGCGGGCUGCAGCAGUUCGCGACGGAGGUGUUCAAGCGAAUGGGACUGCGGCAGAUCGUGCCACCGAACGUGGCGCCACUCAGGCAUCCGGACAAGCGUAUCGCGCUGCUGGGAGGUGGGCCGGCGUCGCUGUCCUGCGCCACCUUCCUCGGGCGGCUGGGAUACCGGGACGUGACGGUGUACGAGCGGCGCAGCUACCUGGGCGGGCUCAGCUCGGCCGAGAUCCCGCAGUACCGCCUGCCGGUGGACGUGGUCAACUUCGAGGUGCAGCUGGUGAAGGACUUGGGCGUCAAGUUCGAGCUAGGCCGCUCCCUGUCCGCCAAGGAUCUCACCGUGCGCGGGCUGCUGGAGGGCGGCGGUGCCGACGCCGUGUUCCUCGGCAUCGGACUGCCGGAGCCGAAGAUCGACCCAGUGUUUGCCGGCCUGACCGAGGAGCAGGGCUUCUACACCUCGAAGAGCUUCCUGCCGCAGGUGGCGGACGGCAGCAAACCGGGACUGUGCGCCUGCAAGCAGACCGCCGCCACCCGGCUCCCGGUGCUCACCGGCAACGUGAUCGUGCUGGGCGCUGGAGAUACCGCCUUCGACUGCGCAACGUCGGCGCUGCGGUGUGGCGCCCGCAAGGUGUUUGUGGUGUUCCGGAAGGGCAACAACAACAUCCGAGCCGUGCCGGAGGAGGUGGAGCUGGCGCGGGAGGAGCGGUGCGAGUUCAUCCCGUUCAUGGCGCCGAAGGAGGUGAUCGUGCGCGCGGGUCGAAUCGCGGCGAUGGAGUUCUAUCGCACCGAGCAGGACGAGGCGGGCAACUGGGUCGACGAUCCGGAUCAGGUCACGCGCCUCAAGGCGAACUACGUCAUUUCGGCGUUUGGCUCCGGGCUCUACGAUCCUGACACCGUGGCCGCGCUGGACGGACUCAAGAUGAAUCGGUGGGGCUUGCCGGAAGUGGACCCCCGCACCCAGCAGACCACUCUGCCGGCCGUCUUCUGCGGCGGCGAUCUGGCGGGAGCGGCCGAAACGACGGUCGAGUCGGUGAACGACGGCAAGACGGCGGCCUGGUACAUGCACUGCUACCUGCAGGGCCUGCCGUUCGACACCCGCCCGGAGCUGCCGCUCUUCUACACCGCCAUCGACCAGGUCGACCUGUCCGUCGAGGUGUGCGGCGUUCGGUUCGAGAACCCGUUCGGGCUGGCGUCGGCGCCGCCCACCACCAGCACCGCCAUGAUACGGCGCGCGUUCGAGCAGGGCUGGGGCUUCGCGGUGACGAAGACGUUCGCCCUCGACAAGGACACGGUGACCAACGUGAGCCCGCGCAUCGUGCGCGGCGUGACGGCCGGCCAGAACUACGGGCCGCAGCAGGGCGCCUUCCUCAACAUCGAGCUCAUCUCGGAGAAGUGCGCCGACUACUGGCUGGCGGGCGUCACCGAGCUGAAGCGCGACUUCCCGACCAAGGUGCUCAUCGCCAGCAUCAUGUGCACGUACAACCGGGCCGACUGGGAGGAGCUGGCGACGCGCGCCGAAGCCGCCGGGGCCGACAUGCUCGAGCUGAACCUGUCCUGCCCGCACGGGAUGGGCGAGUCGGGCAUGGGGUUGGCGUGCGGCCAGGACCCGGAGCUCGUCUACCACAUCUCGCAGUGGGUCCGGGCCGCCGUGCGCAUUCCCUUCUUCGUCAAGCUGACGCCCAACAUCACCGACAUCGUGUCGAUCGCGCAGGCAGCCCAGCGGGGCAAGGCGGACGGCGUGUCGGCCAUCAACACCGUGCAGGGGUUGAUGUCGCUCCGGGCGGACGGCUCACCGUGGCCGGCGGUCGGCGCCGCCAAGCACACCACGUACGGAGGCGUGUCCGGCAAUGCGACGCGCCCGCAAGCCCUGCGUGCCGUCUCGCUCAUCGCCAACAAGCUGCCCGGCUUCCCGAUCUGCGGCAUCGGAGGCAUCGACUCGGCCGACGUGGCCUUACAGUUCCUGCAGUGCGGCGCCCCCAUCCUGCAGAUCUGCUCGUCCGUGCAGAAUCAGGACUUCACCGUCAUCGAGGACUAUGUGCUCGGGCUCAAGGCACUCCUCUACCUGCGGGCUAACCCACCCCCGGAGGCGCUACCCUGGGACGGUCAGUCUCCCCCGACGGCCAAGCUGCAGAAGGGUAAACCGGUGGCCCCGCUCCGAGGCGCCGACGGCAAGCCCCUGCUCCACUUUGGCCAGUACAAAAAAGAACGUGAGGAAAAGCUGGCCCAGCUCCGGCAGCAACACGGUGCACUGUGGGAUCCGUGCUCGGAGGUAGAGAAUACCAAUGGCACCAAUGGACACAGUGCCUCAACCACCACCGCACCCGUGCCCAAGGUAAAGGACGUGCUCGGCCUAGCGUUACCUCGGAUCGGUGACUACAAGAAGCUAGACAACUCCAAGCAGGUGGUGGCACUCAUCGACGAUGACCUGUGCAUCAACUGCGGCAAGUGCUACAUGACCUGUGCCGACUCCGGCUAUCAGGCGAUCGAGUUCGACCCGGUGACGCACUUACCGCACGUCAACGACGAUUGUACCGGCUGCAAUCUGUGCCUCUCCGUUUGUCCCAUCAUCGAUUGUAUCAGCAUGGUGCCGAAACAAAUUCCCCACGUCAUCAAGCGUGGCCAUCCUGGCAAGGUACCGGUAGCCGUGCAUGCCCUGAGCCCAUCGCAGUAGUAGCAGCAGCCAAUCAAGUGUUGGUCAACCCGCCCACCGGCCAAGCCUGCCACAAUUCGAGUUUCGAUGCAAGUUACUAGCGAUUUUUU